CUUCCGACCUUGUCCUGCAGGACCGGGGGCCGGGCGGCGCCGCAACGAUCCGAGCCAGGAAGGACUAACAUGGAAGCUUUUACCUUGAACUAGGAGUUGCUCUACCUCAAACUGCAAUCUACCUCGCCCCAGGGUCAGCCGAAGAUGAGAGUCUGGAAGGCUGUGGCUACCACUCUAGCGUUCGCCGGCGUGGACGUGCUGGUGACCACGCUGCUGUACGCGCACAGCCAUAGCGGCAAGGACGUUGUCCAGGAUCUGAAGCACUUCAACGUCUUUAAUUCCAUGUUGGACGUGUGGGGGGCAUGUCUGUACAGGAGCUGCUUGCUGCUUGGCGCUGCCAUUGGGGUUGCCAAGAACUCGACCUCUGGCCCCAAGCGCCUGAAAGCAUCCCAGACCUUCAUCACCUUGGUCUGCCUGCUGGUGGGCAUUUAUGCCCUGGUCAAACUGCUGCUCUACUCGGAGGUCAGGAAGAUCAUUAGGGACCCCUGGUUUUGGAGUUUGUUUGCAUGGACGUAUGUGUCGCUGGCUGCAACUUUCUGCCUGUGGCAGCUGCUGUCUUCCGUGACGUCCUCCAGAGAGGCCUUGGGGGUCAGUUCGGAGUCCCAGGCAGAAGCAGAGGAGAUAUGUGACCCCAGCUCUGUUCCUGCGUCAGGAGCCACUAUCCAUAAGCUGCUGUCUUACACCAAACCAGAUGCUCUCUUCCUCGGAAUAGCAGCUUUCUUCCUCCUGGUUGCUGCUUUGGGGGAAACAUUCCUUCCUUAUUACACUGGCUUGGCGAUUGAUGGCAUAGUCAUCCAAAAAAGCAUGGAUCAGUUUUCCACUGCAGUGGUGAUUAUGUCGCUUCUUGCUAUAGGAAGCUCAUUUGCCGCAGGUAUCCGGGGUGGCGUUUUUACGCUCAUAUUUGCCAGGCUGAAUAUUCGACUCCGCAACUGCCUCUUCAAGUCGCUGGUCGCUCAGGAGACAAGUUUCUUUGAUGAGAAUCGCACAGGGGACAUCAUCUCCCGGCUGACCUCGGACACAACGAUUGUGAGCGACCUAGUUUCCCAGAACAUUAACAUCUUCCUGCGCAACGUGGUGAAGGCGACGGGCGUGAUUGUCUUCAUGUUCAGCCUGUCCUGGCAGCUCUCUCUGGUGACCUUCAUGGGCUUCCCCAUCAUCAUGCUGGUGUCUGACCUCUACGGGAAAUAUUACAAGAAGCUCUCCAAGGAGGUUCAGGAUGCUUUGGCGAAGGCCAACAACACAGCAGAAGAAACCAUUUCGGCCAUGAAGACUGUGCGCAGCUUUGCAAGCGAGGACAUGGAAGCAAAUGUCUAUUGGGAAAAACUGCAGCAAGUGUACAAACUGAACAAAAAGGAAGCCCUGGCCUAUACGUACUAUGUGUGGUCCAGUGGGCUGACUCUUCUUGUGGUGCAAGUCAGUAUCCUUUACUAUGGUGGCCAUCUGGUGAUCUCUGGGCAAAUGACCAGCGGAAACCUGAUAUCUUUUAUUAUCUAUGAAUUUGUCUUGGGAGAUUGCAUGGAGUCUGUUGGUUCCGUCUACAGCGGAUUAAUGCAGGGAGUAGGAGCUGCUGAGAAAGUGUUUGAGUUUAUAGAUCGCAAGCCGACGAUGGUGAACGAUGGAACCCUGGCACCAGACCAUGUGGAGGGUAAAGUGGAGUUCAGAAAUGUUACUUUUUCCUAUGCUACCCGGUCUGCAACACAGGUCCUACAGAAUGUGUCCUUCACCCUCUAUCCUGGCAAAGUGACUGCGCUCGUGGGUCCUUCGGGCAGUGGGAAGAGCUCCUGUGUCAAUAUUCUGGAGAAUUUCUACCCUCUUCAAGAUGGGCAGGUCCUGCUGGAUGGGCAGCCUAUUAACAUGUAUGAUCACAAGUACCUGCACUCAGUGAUCUCUUUAGUGAGCCAAGAGCCAGUGUUGUUUGCUCGAUCUAUUGCGGAAAAUAUUUCAUACGGUUUAACUUCAGUCUCGUUCGAGUCUGUUGUCCAAGCUGCUCAGAAGGCCAAUGCCCAUGCAUUUAUCACGGAGUUGCAAGAUGGCUACAAGACAGAAGCUGGUGAAAAAGGAGCGCAGCUGUCUGGUGGCCAGAAGCAGAGAGUGGCUAUUGCAAGGGCUUUGAUCCGAGCCCCCCCAAUCCUAAUCCUAGAUGAAGCCACAAGUGCCCUGGAUGCAGAGAGUGAACACACGGGAUCUGAUGACAUCACAGCUUGAGGAGGUAAUAUGACUGCAGAUCUACUGAACAAUUCAGCAAAAACGUGGGGACUUGAGAUCCAUGGUUGACUGCAGCUGGUUUGAAUACCUCAUGUCGGAAUGACUCAGUUGGUCAGACUGUGGAGCUGAAGUCCCACAGCAGGACCUAAGGGCACAUCUCAUGAUGAUGCUACUGUGCAGUACACGGAGCCUGGGACAUUGUUAGGAACAGGCAGACGUGUUGUAUUUUGAACUUGUACACUAUCAUCUCAGUACACGAUGCAACUUAAUAUGAGGCACUAUAGCAAGAUGUGUAGUCUACAGUGCCUGUCCCAAAACAGCAUGAUCCCUACGGUUAAGAGAAACUGACUCACAAAUGUUGAAGCUGGCAGUGGAAGGGUGUUUAAUAUAAUAUACUUUACAUUUAUCCCGCGGCAUUAUACAAACUUCUGACCAUUGAAAUGCCGCCACCUCUAGGACGGAGUGCAGCACCUGCCACACUCCACAGCCGCAGGAUGGAGGGGAAGUUUUGACUCUGGUUACUGAGGAAAAACUUAAUUCUUAAAAAAUGUGUAUGAGUUCAUUAAUGUCCACACACAAACAGGUGGGGCUUGGGCGUUUGGAAGGGCCUGCCUGAAAGUCCCACUGAAAUAUACAAAAGGCCGACACUGGCUCUAGUCAAACUGAAAUACAGGUUUGUAUUUGUGUAACGUGAAUGCAUUUCAGGAUUAGUACUGCUGACAGCCAGAUGCUUUAUUAAUGAUGACAGCUGUGGGACUAUAGCCAUCUUUGUUUCCGAGCAGGUAGAAGGUGUGUCCACUUGACACAUACCUAGUCACCAACUGCCUCACUAUGUUAAGAGAAAUGUCUUGUUUUUUGUGAUGCUGCCUUUAUUGUUGCUCAGCCGGCCUAUAUCCCCUUUUUUCCAAACCAGUGCAUUCACUAGGUGCAAGAUUCUUUCAGCCCCUGCCACUAUAGAGCGGCUUCUAAAUUCAGGGCCCAGUCCUAAUGAGAGUUCACCUUGCAGGAUCAGGGCUGUAAUCUCUAGACCCAUCAGACCAGUUAGUGGCUGCAGCAGCAGCUGCUGCAUUGCACGGAUGGGAUUUGUGAGUUGAAUUUUGAGCGGUUUGAGGGAGUGCUUCGGGAUAAGUUGUCCAUCCAGAGCAGUGAUAUUCAUGCUUAUUUCCCAUUAAUACUAAUGGGAAAUCCUGUUCAUAGAUCCAUGUGUAUCCUGAGGAGAAUAAACCUGUUAUUGCAGAUUUCUUAGUAAGGAGUCAUAAAAUACCCUCUCCCCCCCCCCACCCCCCCCCCCCCCGCAUGGAUAACAAUGACGUUUGUAUGUUAAUCUCUUCCCUUCCCCACCCCCUCCCCCUCAAACAGAUUCAGCAAGCAAUUUAUGGUGACUUGCAGAACCACACUGUGCUUGUCAUAGCCCACAGGCUGAGCACUGUCGAGAAGGCACACAACAUCAUUGUUUUAGACAAAGGCCGAGUGGUGCAGCAGGGAAUGCACAAGGAGCUCAUGGAAGAAGGCGGCCUUUAUUCUAAGCUGGUGCAGAGACAGAUCCUCGGGCUCGAAACUGGCACAGGGGACGGCUGUCAUCUGGAGACUAGCUUAGCUGCUGCCAGUGGAGAUUCGAUGAAGCCGCCGGGAGGACUGGAUGAAGAGUUCAGGGUGUGACGUGCUCUCUCUGGAUUGAGACAGGAUGGUUACAAUCCUGUAGCUCGCAAGUGAGAGAACACCAAGGAUUCCAUGAAAGAUCCUUGUUGGGAUGCUGAAACAGGAGUCCACUGUAGUCCAGACUUGGACACAUUACUGUAGAACAAGGCCUGUUUACUAGUCACGCAUACUAAGCUUCCAGUAGGCAGACUAGUAAAACAGGGAAAUGAUGGGCCCAGUUUAUUAAGGGGAGUUGGAUCUUUAGCAGUUCCCAGUAUUUCUACUGGGUUUCUUUUCUUAGAGUCAGCAAUUCCCAAGGCAGUUGAGGGGGUCUGUUCUCCCACUGAUAUGUCUGUUUAACUGCUGUUAAUUGUAAUGGGUGUUAUACACAUGCAUGGAGGGGAAGAAUGAAACCCCUUAAAGAACUUCAGGAGGUAGUUUUGUGAAUUGGUAGGAAGACAUUGAACAUAAAGUAAGAUCUUGAUCCUGCAGUCACUCUAUGGUGCCAAUCCCGUACUCAGUGAAGUCAAUGGAAAGGCUCCCAUUGGCUUCAAUGGAAGCUGGAUCAGCCCCAAAGUGCAGAACUCUUAUUCAAAUCUAUGAGAAUUCUGCACAGAGUGUCUGCAGGUGCAGGCUCCUGUCUAAAACAUUACCAUGCAGAGCUUUUAUUAGCUUCAUUGCAGUGAGCCAGGGGCCCACCGGCAGAUCCUGCCUUCUGAAUCGCUGAUGGAGUCUGGUGAUUUUUUUGUUUUUAAAGGAUGUAAAGUUUUACCAUAGCUUGGUUAAUUUUUUUAAAUGGCUCUAUUUCUAUGGGCACCAGCCUGGUUUCUGUCUGGCUCCAUCGUCCAUUGAAAGCCAGUCAGUCUUAUUUCAAAAUGUGCUUGUUUUUAAAUUCACAAUUUCAGUGCCCGGGUUGAGAAAUAUUACCUAAAACCAGGCGUAAAAUAUAAAUAAUGGCACUUUAUAAACCCUACCCAGGCCCCAUUCAGCUGUGGGCUAUGCUAGCAAUGUCAGUGCAUGAGAAAUCCAUACAGCCCCAUUCCUUGAAAUCUAACUCCGACGGCCUGAAUUCCACAUUUAGUUCUUUGAUUGUUUUUUUUUUAAUUUAUUUAUUUAUUAGUAGGAGGGCAGAAAGAAAAAUACCAUUUCUAACUGCAUACAACACUGGUGGAGCUGGCCCAAUCUUACUACCACUCCAUAAAGACUGGCAGGAACGUUUAUGCAGCCCGCAAGGUGCGAUUUUAAAAAUAGCAUUAAUUGUAUCUCAUACAGGGAAGAUUGAUUCAGGUUGCGCAGUUGUUUAAUGACCUCAAGCACUUUAGCUCUCGAGUUAAUUACUUUCCAGGGUUUGGCUGCUGCUCUGUAAUACUUUGCGGCAGCUUUCUUGUUUGCAAUGUUGUUGUUUUUUAUUUUUAAAGUGACGUUUUACAAACUGUUUAGUGUCCUCAAAGGGGAUACUUUAAAAAUAAAGUACUACCUCUGCCGUUCAACUUCA